CCCUGUUCACUAGCUCCAAAAAUCUUAGACAUGGAUGACCCCCAAACAAAAUGGCUUCUUGCACAUUAGAAGAAAUAUGACGUCGGCAUUUAGUGGUGUUCAGUUCUGUGCAUAUGGAGACAAGCUGAACAACGAUUACGAAUUAAUUGUCCUUUUUGUUGCGCCAUAUUUUGAGAGAAUGAAAGACAAAUCGGAAGCCGGGAAUUGCAGGAAAAGUCCAAGUGCAGAGGCCAGUGGUUCGUUGACGCAGGAUUCAGUCAUCAGGGUUGCUGAGGAUGAAAACCAAGACGAUCCAAGUUCAAACGACAUAUCCAAAAGACAAGAGGUGUCUGAUAAACCGCCUAGCGGGAUUGGCAUCCUAAACGGUGAUGCCAAGGGAACAGCUUACGCCCACCAUCUAAAAAAGGAAGUACCAGUGAUUGAACUCACCAGGAGAGAUGAUAUAAAAGGAAGAAACCACUGGUCAGACCACCACAAGGUGCAGACAACGGAACUGUGCAGGCCACCUAUUUCUUUGCCCCUGCCGCACCGAGACGCGCCAAACGACACUCGAAUGGUUCAGCUGAGCCCUACCGCUUUCCCUCUCCCGGCCAGAGCGAUGCUCUACAAUAACGUUACGCAGUCGCUCGCCACAAUUAACAGUGCCUUUGGCGGUGAGUUGGAGCAGUAUGGAAUGUACCCUGGUAGCAGGGUAAAGCGCAGACCUACGCCUUACGAGGUUGAACUCGACGAGGCUGGUGAGCCAAAGAUUGUGCGCCGCAUCUUCACCAACAGCCGCGAGCGUUGGCGCCAGCAGAACGUGAACGGGGCGUUCGCAGAGCUCCGUAAGCUUCUCCCGACCCACCCGCCCGACAAGAAGCUCAGCAAGAACGAGAUCCUGCGGCUGGCCAUGAAGUACAUCACCUUCCUCACCAAGCUGCUGAGCGACCAGGACAGCGGCACGGAGGGGAUCCUGAUGACCGCGGCCGGCGAAGGAGGAGGAGACGCCCGCGAGAUCUCUGCCGUGGUGCAAGGCCGGGUGGUGAAUUGCGGCGUGGACGGAGCGGCUGGCGGCGUGCUGGCCAGAGAGGAGCUGCUGCUCUCCCCCGGCUCCAGCUGUGGCAGCCUGCUGGACGGAGACGGCAGCUCGGAGGGCUAUGCAGAGGAGCAGGACUCUCCUCCUGCAGCCGACCCACCAGUACUGCUCAGCAGAGGAGCACAGCACCCGCGGUCCACACGGACACACGACGGACACGGCCAGCGAUGAGGGGAACAUGUUGCAAACCCCUGGAGUGGAGACACGUACUGGAUACCAACAACGCAUAUGUAAAGAGACUCACCCACUAAGCCAGUUCACCAAGUCAUUCUAAAAGUCCUGAUCAUUGUACAACUAUACACUUUAUACCCAAUCUGGAGACAUUUAGAAUUUAUCUACCAAACUGACAUCAACAAACUCCUGUUCCUAAUAGUGACAUAGCCUACCACACAAGACCAGGAAAGUUAGAUCCAAUGUGAGACAUUCCGUGAUGCCUGUACAUGCAGCCUACACUACAAUCUUAGUCUACCCCAUGCUGCUGGCAGAAAAAAUCAAUGUCAUAAUAAUUUUGGACACUGCACAAAGUUCACAUUUUUAAUGUUUCCCCCUGUGAAUAGUUGGUAAAAAAUCUGUGUAUGAAAACUUCCAACUUUAGAUGACAUACCCAUCUUUCGGUUGCUCAAGCAUCACCCACGGCACUAUUUUACUUGUGUGUUAUCGUGUCAAGUGAUGGAGGUGUCAGUGUUGGAAAAGGUUUCUGUAUUUAGUCCAUUUAAAUCAGGGAUGGGGGAACCUAUGUCUCGAGGGCCGUUUGCGGCCCUUGAGGCCGUUUUAUUCGUCCCCUGAUGUAAUUUUAAUGUUAUGCAGCUUCACAUGAAAUAUGACAUAUUUUAUCAUAGAAUCUUAGAAAAUACAUUUGCAAUACCAUUACGUUAUAUUCAGGGCACCUUGAGAAGACGGGGUCUGUUUUAAAGCUGACUCCCUUCAAUAUAGACCUAAGGUUCAGGGGGAAAUCCUGGUUUGUGUUCAUAGUAAGGCCCUCGGAGGACUUUUACGGCCCUCGAAUGAAUUUGAAGUGGCCCAUCGAAGGAAAAAGAUUCCCAACCCCUGAUUUAAAUGUUGGAAGCCUGUCAUCCCAGUGCCUCUCAGUGCCAAGGUAGCAACAAAGAUCAAUGGUGCUUUUUAGGGGGAACUAGAGAGAAACCCAUCGCCAUUGACAACCUUACCACCCCCUCGGAACAGCUGUCAGUCAUCUUCCAGUGACUCUCCAUUAUGCCGAUACCAAUUCAAUCUUAAUAUAUAUGGACAUAUCUUUAGGUGUUGGUCAACUAAACAAAAUGAAUAGAGGUUCACUGAAAAGGGGAUUAUAAUAUUAUCUUGGUUUGUUAACGCCUGGAUAAUAUUUACAACAAAUAAACACCUAUUUGGCAUGGUACCAAGCUUUCGGUUUAGCAAGGCUAACGUAAAUCUUUUUGUGGAAAGCAGUAGGUUGAUAAAGGGAUACGAUUUCAGAAGCUUGCAAUUGAAUACAAACAAGACGUUAAACUAAUAAUAUAUGAUCAUAUAUACAAUGUCAUCAGACAAAAGCACAAGUCUUUUAACGGUGCUUUCCCUGCAAUAUGUCAGUGUCUAUGUACUACCCAGCCAUGGGUGUUCUUCCUCACCUUAAGUUAAUGUGUGAAUCAUGCAUGGGUGUCAUUUUAGAUGUGGAUGGUGGGGAGUGGGGACAUGUCCAUACCACUUUUGAGAUGAACCUAGAUUGUCACCGCCACUUAUUAAAUAUAAUGCAAAACAUUAUUACAAAUCUAAUGCAAAAAGAGCAUAUCUGGCAGUUUGCCAUUGUAAUGUCCCCACCACUUUCCAUGUCAAACCUACACCUUUGUGUGAAUGUGUAAUCACACGCACUCACACACACUACAAAUUGUGCAAGUUUCCACAUUUACAUUCUAAGUAGCAAAAGAUGACACUCUUAUUCACAUUAUUUCCAAGCAACUUUUUAUCCUCUGCGAUGGAGGUCACAAAGGAUAUCUGUGAGUGAAUAUAAAUGCAGUCUCUGUUAUUGAUCCAUUGGCAAAAUAAUGUAUCUGUACACAGGCUUAACGUUAGCCUGGACGCCAUGUCAUUCCAAACACGUCCAGACAGCUUGUGUGGGGAUGCUCCUGUUUAUCGCUUUCUGCAGAGCUCAUAAUUUUGGAUUAUUUUGUUGCUGUCAUUGGCAAAUUACCUCAUGAGAUAUUUGAUGGGGCUAUUUGCAGGUCCAAUUGCAGAUGCACAUGACCAAUCCAGGAGCAGGCAUCUACCCAGGGGGGCGGUCCCAUGGGGACCCAAGCUAGCAGCCUGUCUCUGCCUGUCUCUAACCGGUAGCCAAGUGUCCUAUCCACAUACCUUGCAUUCAAAUGCAGUUUUGCUCCUGUCCUGUGUUGUUGUUGUUUUUCUUUGUCACUGCAGUCAUACACUUAUCCCCCAUGUUUAAUGAAAAGUACAGCUUAGAAACGAGAGCAAGUCCCGAUGAAAUAGGUACCGCCAUUUUACUUUCGAUCGCAGAAAGGUACAGAAGCAUGCAAAUCGCAUCAAAACAUGUCACGUGCAGUCUGUAGACUAGGAGUAUACAAAAUACUGUAACAGUUACAACCACUGCUGUACCAAUAUGCAAGAGUCAUUACUUUGAAGUACUCACUAUGUAGUGAGAAUGUACAGUAUGUGGUUGUAAAGUUAGUCUUUUCCAUAUAUAAGUGACUCUUGUGCAGGCAUACAUGUGACAAGAUCUGGCAAAAUGGGCCACGGUUUUCCAAAAUUGCAAUUUUGGCAACAGGGAUAAGGCAAGAGCAGUUCUGGAUCAGUUCCACAAAUCUUUAAGAGUCAAACACUACAGUUGACUCAUUUCUGUCAUGACAUUCCACCAUCUUUUCCUUUUUCAAUACUUGAGAAAAUGACAUUUACUUUGAACAUAUUGGACAUAUUGCAGUGGUGCGAUUAUACCCCAGACCUGCUUAGUUUGGUAAAGAACAGUGAUGUCUUUGAUGAAGAGAUGUUUGACACAUUUAACACAUUGACCAGGAGUAUAAUUUGAUCAAUUUAAGGUUUUCUACCUUAACUUGCUAUUUUCAGACUGAUUUUUCACAUAAUCAUGUUUUUUUGUCCAGACAACAGCACAAAUUAUUUGGGUGCUUCCUAAAUUGGUAUUACAUGUAAAUAACCUUUCAAUGUGGUAAUUUCAUGAUCUGUAAAUUUACUGAGAAUCUAAAAAAAUGCAAAGUACGGGGCAGAAUGUGUACAUAGUCCCUGUAAUGGAGAUAGUUGAAGUCAGGAGGUCUUUGUAUUCUUUCCAAUUCAGGACUUCAUCUUGAGUCGGCAUAGUUUUCAGUACCACUUGUCAUCCAAGUUAUUUCCCAAGGCUCUGGGCUAUUGCUGUAUAAUUAUAAUGAUACCGAAGGCUAUACUUUGAUGUUAAAAGAUCAAAAAUAGUUCCUGAUGACCUGUAAGGUACACAGAGAAGGUCAAAAGAGAAUGUUGAUUUCUUAUUUAAGUUUUUUUUUUUUUUUUUUUUUUUUACAAUUUUAAUGUUAGCGUACAUAUAUAUGAUGGUACAUUCCUCCUAUUUACACAUUCCUAAAUAUUUUCUUCUGAUGAUUGUGGCAUUUCUUUAGGCCUCUUUGUAGUCAGUUUACUCUAGGUACACAGCAGCAUUAUUUUAUGUUUUAAAGCUUUGUCAGUUUUGUAAUAAACAUACAAAUAAGCAACACUGUUUGUUCUUUGAUAAAUACAGUAUAGGUAUAUUGUUAUGCAAUACUAAAAAAGGUAUUUGU